CGCGGUGAACGCGCACGACAGCUCGUUGCCGUCUUGCUGCUGUCGGUUGUCAGCGUACAGAUCAGCGGUAAAGACAUGGCUGCCCUCAGUAAAAUACCGCACAACUGCUACGAGAUCGGUCAUACAUGGAACCCUUCGUGCGUGCAGUCUGCUGUGGAUAUAACCAAGGGUGCUCUGGAAGUCUCCUUCAAAAUAUACGCCCCUCUUUACCUGAUAGCAGCAAUUCUAAGGAGGAGGAAGAAGGAUUACUAUUUAAAAAGGCUUGUCCCUGAGAUCCUAUGGUCUACCUCUUUCCUCACUGCCAAUGGAGGUCUCUACAUUGUUUUCUUCUGUAUUCUCAGGAAGCUUUUGGGUGGGUUUUACUCCUGGUCUGGUGGGUUUUUCUCAGCACUGCCUGCCUCCUAUAUUGCCAUCCUUGUGGAGCGCAAGAGCAGGAGAGGGCUGCUGACAAUAUACAUGGCAAAUCUUGCCACUGAGACUUUGUUCCGCAUGGCGGUAACACGAGGCAUCAUCAAACCCAUCAAACACGGCGAGGUGCUCUUGUUCUGCUUAACCGCAUCGCUCUACAUGUUCUUCUUCAGGAGUAAAGAUGGUCUCAAAGGCUUUGCAUUCUCUGCAUUAAAGUUCAUCAUUGGGAAAGAAGAGAUUCCCACUCACUCUCUCACAGCAGAACACACCUGCACAAGGCCCCUUGAGAGGACAGCUGCUAUAGAGACUGAGGAUUCACGGGUGUCUGCCGGGAGGCCCAGCUCUAAGAGGAAAACUCUGUUAGCCUACACCAGGGAACUGUUAGAAUCAAUAUGCAAAAAGGGUCCAAGACACAGAUGUUGUAAACAUUACCAAGACAACUGCAUUUCCUACUGUCUUAAAGGUUUUAUCAGGAUGUUCAGUGUUGGCUACCUGAUUCAGUGUUGUCUUAAAGUACCCUCAGCAUUCAGGCAGAUGUUCUCUAAACCCUCGCGACUCCCUUCACUCUUCUACAACAAAGAGAACUUCCAGCUAGGAGCCUUUCUAGGGUCUUUCGUCAGUAUCUACAAGGGAGCUAGCUGCUUGUUGCGAUGGUUGCGUAACAUUGAUGAUGAACUCCAUGCACUGAUUGCUGGUUUUCUGGCUGGCUUGUCCAUGUUCUUCUACAGAAGCACGACAAUAUCCAUGUAUCUCUUCACAAAGCUGGUGGAGACCAUGUACUUCAAGGGCAUUGAAGCUGGAAGAUUCCCCUACUUCCCUCAUGCAGACACAGUUCUGUAUGCCAUCUCCACUGCUAUCUGUUUCCAAGCCGCUGUGAUGGAAGUGCAGAACCUCAGGCCUGCGUACUGGAAGUUCCUGUUGCGUUUAACGAAGGGCAGGUUUGCUCUGAUGAACAGACAAGUGUUAGAUGUAUUUGGGACGCAGGCCUCCAGGGACUUUAAAGGAUUUGUGCCCAAACUGGACCCUUGUCACACCACAGUGCUUCCGCCAGGAGCCGACAUCCAGCUUGGUUGAUCUGGGACCAGGCUCUGGGAGGAGCUUUAGGGUUACCUCAACAGGAAAUGGACAGUUCUGGCUGUUCUUUCUGAGUAACUUAAGAUUUUUUUUUGUUUGAAAAGAUUAAACAGGUCAGAAGUGGCGAUAUCAUGUUAUGAGGCGGGAUAUGCUUUGGAGAAUGAGAAAACCUGAGAUCUGUCCGAAGCAGGGUGUCCAGUAUGGUGUUGCACAAGCACAUUGACUAACUAGGAUUGCAUGGAUGCAGGUAACUGGCAAAAUAAAUGAAACACAUAAUUUUGACAAAAAUUCAGUCAAACCAAAAAUUGGUUUAUUCGAAUGCAGCAACAUUCCUUUUAUCCUUUCAUGGUAAUGUUUCUUCAUUUUGCACAUUGCCUGUAGUUUGGUGAAGCUGACUGACUAAUCUUUUUUAAAUAUGAGUAGGCAGAGUGAUACCUGAUUUUGACUGAUUUAUGUGGACAACUAUGACAUAAUUACUCUCUGAUUGUUUUUGAAUGUGUACUUUUUUGAGAUGAUGGAUACAACUGAUGAUCUAUAUAAUUAUGUAGCCUUAUUAAAUAUUUUGUUUUUAUUAGACAGUGGCAGAUAUAUUUAAAUUGUGAUUGAUCUAUCUCAUGAAAAUAUGAUGUAAAACAUCAGCAUUUCAUUGAUUUGCAGUUGAGUAUUUUUUUCCUUUCAAAAUUUCUACCUUCAAACACACCAGGGUUUUUGUUUUUAAUGCCAUAGUCUGUAUAAAGAGAAGUGGACAUGACCAGUGUGAUGUCACUUCCUUUGUGGACUACCACAUUUUGGCCAUUGCCAUCUUGGUGCCAGGAGUUUUUUGGAGCCAGAAGCCAUAUUUGGAUGAGAGGGUGGAGCUGAGGAGGUACGAGAUGUGAAUCUCGCUGAGAACUUGGACACUGUGUAGGUCGCCGUGGUAGCAACUUAAACUUCAGCAGUGUCAGUCACAAAGUAGCCACGCACAAGCGUGCUCCGUGGGACGAUAAUUUAUAGAAUGAACAGCAAAUUGUACUGAAGACUUGAAACUAGUGAUUGAGGCCAUAAACUCAUUAGGAAACUGCUUACUGAGGUAAUAAAUCAAGUGAGAAGUGGGGUCAUUUUCACAUAAGCUUACAUACAGUUGGGCUACUUUGGAAAGAAGAGGAGUUGCUCCCCGCUGACCUUUAAAAAGAAUGCAGGUUUAAGGCACUUGAGCACGGGCUUCACUUUUCAGAGCCAGUGGCUACUAACACUUUUUUCAUACAGUUUAUACAGAACUUAUGACAGACAUGUUUACUGCAAUGGAGCUAGUCAUUUGUAUGCAUAAUGAAUAAGGUGAAAGAAUCAAGGACCGUGUCAGAUUUGGAUGUGAAUUUUGUGGAUAAGUGAAACCUUAGCAAACUGGAUUGGUAAUAUAUCAGUUUACAAGACUCUAAUUUAUAACUCAUCAGGUGGGGGAAAAUAUCAAUAAUUUCACCUUGAAGACACAAUAAAACCAAUUGUUUGUUUACUAGUAAACUGUACUGAGAUUACUAAUGUUGCACACAAUAAACCAGGUUAUUGGGUGAAAUCAUGUUAAGGAAGAAAAUCAGCAAAUGCAUUUACAGCACAUGCAGAUCACUAACCUAUAGAUUAUCAAUAACCAAUUUCUCCCGUAUUGUGUUUUUAAAGAGAUUGGUAUAUUUUAAGUGCAUUAAAUGUUGACUGUUGUUAAGGAAAUGUGUAGUCAUGUUAUGUUAUAGCCUAGAAACAUUUGUUCAGGGGUUGAAGAUGCAGUGAGAACAAUUUUUCCAUAUUACUACUACCACUGCUGCUACUACUACAUACUACUACUCUGUGUCUCUUCUGCCCGUGGUUUACAGUAAAUUACAUGUGUUCCCCCUAAUGCAGAAACCAUUUAAAUGUGAUAAGAAAAGGUUUGAUCAGAGAAUAUCAUCAUAUUUAGAAAGAGCCUUUAUGUGUUACAUGAACUACAUCACAGAACUGACACGAAACUGCAAAACAUAAGAGUCAAGACUUUGGAGGACUAAAUUUACACACAAUUUUCAAUUGUGCUUGUGAUUUUAUCUUUUUCAUUCUCUGGAGAUGUUUGGGUUAGAAAUCACUUCAGUUUUAAAUAUUUACUGAUACAGGUCAGACCCAGUUCAAAUUGAAUAUGUGACUGUUUCAUAUGAUUUACAAAAGAUUAUUUUGGCUGCUUGCAUUUUAAUCAAUACUUGCUGUCAGUUGAGCCCUGUUGCUUAAAAUCCACGUUGCUUGAGGUACUGUUUGCUGAAGAGUUUGUGUGUUGCAUUGAAGUAUUUGUCUGAGGACAACAAGGAAUGUGUUUCUGUGAAUAAAAUGCACACAGCUGA